ACUACAGGAAUGUGAAAAGUUUAUGUUUUAUGAGAUAUGAUCGAUGAUGUAGCAGUUUAAAACAUGUAUUUAUAUCUUAAUGGGUUAAAAUGACAAAAAUAUUAAUACUCAUCAAAUCAUUCACUCAAAUCCACACGUAGAUGAUUUUAUCUUAGAAGAAAAUUAUGUCGUUAUUUAAAGCUCGAGACUGGUGGUCAACAACCGUCGGAGAAGAUGAAGAAUUUGAUCAAGGUUGUCUGUGUGUUGGCAACUUAGAUAACGCUGAAGAUGAAUUAGAUAAAAUAAUAAUUGGUAGUUAUCAUGGAAUAUUGAGAGUAUUCAACCCUCGCCCUACUAAAACAGAUGAUGGAUGGUCCGGAUACAGACCAGAGGAUGUCAUGCUGGAAUACUCUUUACAACACCCCAUCUUACAGAUAGAAGCUGGAAAAUUUGCUUCGAGUACAGAAAGUAUACACAUAGCGAUUUUACACCCCAGAAAGUUAGCAGUGUAUAAUGUAUAUGCUUCUGUUGGUUCAGUAGAACAUGGUAAACAUUACCAGUUAAAGUUGGCCUAUGAACACAAUUUACAGAGGACAGCAUUUAAUUUUUGUUUUGGACCUUUUGGUGCAGUGAAAGGAAGAGAUUUUAUUUGUGUGCAAUCUAUGGAUGGGACAUUGUCAUUUUUUGAACAAGAAAGUUUUUCAUUUAGUCGGUUUUUGCCUGGAGCAUUGUUACCAGGACCAAUAAAAUACAUUCCAAAACUAGACAGCUUUGUGACAGUCUCAUCAUCCUGGCAAGUGGAAUGUUACAAAUAUCAAGUGCUUGCAACUGCAGUUGAUGCAAAAACAAAAGAAGAAUCUCAAAAUAUAAAGUCUGGGAAACGGGUAACGUUCGAUUGGUCAUGCAAUAUAGGAGAACCUGCAUUAGAUAUAGCUGUGAUAAGUUAUCCUAAUGUUCCACCAUCUUUAUUGAUACUGGGUGAAAGAAAUAUAUUUUGUGUAGCCGAGAAUGGAAAGUUAAGAUAUAUGAAAAAGUUUGAUUAUGAUCCAAGUUGUUUCAUUCCACAUGGAUCAAUGCAAGAAGGGACUAUAAGUUACCUAGUUGGCACACAUACCAAGUCUUUAAUGGUAUUUCAAGAUGUCAUGUUAAAAUGGUCAGCCAAGCUUGAUCAUGUGCCUGUACAGAUAUGUUUAGGAUCUUUUUCUGGACUGAAGGGUGUAAUAGUAACUUUAAGUGAUAAGGGUCGGUUAGAUUGUUCCUACCUGGGAACAGAUCCUGCUCUGUUUAUUCCACCAACGACAGAAGCCAGAGAAUUGAAUUAUGAUGAAUUAGAUAGAGAAAUGGCUUCACUACAACAGAGAAUUAAAAAAUCUGCUCACAAAUCAGUGAUUACACCUAAUUUGAAACAAGAAGAUGAUUUGACGAUAUUUGUAUCCCCUAACCCAGGCUUUGAUGAAGUUUCUACUGCCAGUGGAGUAGAAUUCCAGGACUCAGAUCCUAUUCCGUCCAUAUCUGUCAGGGUUCAACUGAAAUCCAGGAUGACAUUAGAAAAUGUCAAAUUGUUAAUACAUGCCAGCUGGCCAUUGGCUUCAAAUCAAACCUCAAUAGAAAUCCCUAGUGUUGAUCCAAGUAAACCAUCGGAAAGCUUUGUUUCCUUCUUUAUUAAAGGAAAAGCAUUACAUCCAGAUUUAGUAGCUUCUGUCACAGCUAACUAUACUAGUGCUUCAGGAGCACCACGGGUAGCUACAGCCACAGUGAAGCUACCACUGAAGUUAGUAGUCAAACCAGUAUUACCAGUUAAAACAGCUGAGUAUAAGAUCACAUUGGAUACAAAUAAACCCCCAACAAACCUGAAUGAUAUAUUUCCAGAGCUACUUGGUGAAAAUGCUUCAGGCCCAGGAGCUGCGUUAGGAUUCCAGUAUUAUGGAGGACCAAUUGUCACAGUCCUUGCCUCAAAAACUUCUCAACGGUACAGAUUACAGUGUGACAGGUUUGAAGGCAUGUGGCUGAUAGUCAAGGAACUCUCUAGUCGUUUAAAUAAUUAUUUUAACAAGGGAAAGACGGGAAGUUUUGCUAUAUAUUAUUCCGGCCAGGUGCCGUUACAGGAAUACUUUGAUUUAGUAGACAUUCAUUUUGAGUUCCGAUUAAAUGCAGAUAGAUGUAAAGAAUUGCUCUCCCAACGAUCAGCACAGUUUAGAUCAAUACAAAGACGACUUUUAACACGAUUUAAGGACAAGACACCAGCUCCACUACAAAAUUUAGAUACAUUAUUAGAGGGAACAUAUAGACAGAUUUUACAUUUAGCAGAUGCUAUAGAGGAUAAUAAAACUUCACAAGAAAUAGCUGCCUGUGGUUUGAGUAGUGGGACCCAUUUAUUUAACUAUAUAAUCAAAUUAUGGACCAAUAUGUCUGAUGAAGAAUACAAAGUUUUGCUCAAUACCAUAACACCUGUAGUUACAGACAGCCUUGAUAAUGGGUGGGUAGAGUCCGUGGAUGCUGCAGUGACCCAUGUCUUACGGACCACACUGGCUAAGGCUGCUAAGGACCAGACACUGAAUCCACAGCCUCUUCAGAUGCCAGAGGAUACGACUAAAGUUAAGAAACAUGUAGCUCUGAUGAUUGAUAAAUUAGGAAAGGGUGCUAGAUUAGUGGAAGGACUACCAACAAAUGCGGCUGUUAAUAUAGCCCCAUCUCCAAGAAAAGAAAAGAAAGUAUCAGCGACCAGUAAAACAGUCAUGGAGAAUGGACAUAUAGACACUAGUGAUAAUACAGAGACUUUGAUUGGUAGUCAGUAUGGCAUGUCUAAACACAAACGGAAAGAACCAGAAAUGUUAUCGAUGAAUGGUGCCUUAGAUGAUAUGCCCAUUCUAGGACUUCCUGCUCAAAAUAGACCUGAAGUUGAUGAAAUGAAUGAGAGAAGAAAAAAGAAGCAGAUAGAAUCAAUGGUGCCAGAUUUAGAUGAUAUGGAGUCAGGGGAACCAGUCAUGGAUAAUUGAGAUUUAUGUAAAAGUGUUCAAGUGCCAAGUGUAACCGACAAAUGUCAAAAGUAACUGUUGAUUCCGUCCAUUUAGACGUCUUGUCCUGUCCAAAUGAUGUAUUUCUGUCAUAAUGUUAGAAUGUGUGAUAUUUAUUAUAAAACAGAUCUUAGAUGUGAAGAAUUUUUAAAUUAUUAUUGAAGCAUUUUUAAAUGGUUGUGAUAUUUUGUGUUAUAAUGUGUACUUCUUUUCUCUUUGUUUUGGAAGAUAUAUAUUAGUAGUGAAUGAAUGUAUUGAGUAUAAUGUAGUAUGUUAAACAUGGGUGAAAGAAUAUUUCUUUUAAAAUAAUAGCGCAUAAAUUUGUUUUUUAAGUUUCGUUUAUGCUUCAAUGACAUCUAUAAAUUUGUUAAACUUACAGAUAUUCUUUUAUAGAUGCUGAGAAAAUUGAGCAAAUGAAUGAAAAAUUUAUUUUCUUUCCAUGUUAAAUUUCAUGGUGUUGCAUCAGUCCUGAAACCCAUAAGAUUCUGUCCUCCCAGGUACAGUUUUUCAUUGUAAAUUAUGGAUGAAGGUAAUAAG